AUGGGUGGAAGAGACCGGCGGCAAUCGGUUUGUGAGUGGUUGUCGCGCCGGUCGGGCGACUGUGUCAACAUGAGACUUACAAUCAUCGCGUUGGUGGUGUGCGCGUGCGUGUGCCUGUCCGUGGCAGAUGUAGUGCAUCUGAAGGCUGCCAAGGCGAAGUUAAUAGGACGGCUAGCGAAGGCCAAACACCACAAACGAGGAGUCCUGACGGCGGUGCCACCUUACAAACUAGGCUACGACAUCCCCGUAGUGACACACUCUGUCGUAAAGCCAGUAGUAGUGUCCUACCCUCCCGCAGCCGCUGUGGCCGCUGUAAAGGUCCCUCUCGCUCAUCCAUUGUCUACUCGGUACCCUGUGCCAGUGGGACAUAAAGUACCUGUACCUCACCCACACUAUGGUCUUAAAUUCCCUCAUCAAACAAAAACAGUGUUGUUGCCAAAGCCAGACCAUCACUUCCACCACCAUCAUCAUCAUGUUGCUCCUAAGCCAGUGGUGCCUGUAGUCCCAGUGGUGCCGGCCCCUGUGCCUGCUACUCCUGUAAUACCAGUAGGCCAACCUACAGCUACAGUUCUUCGUCCUGAACCAGGACCUUCUCCUCCAGUGCUACUACAUCAAGCUCCUCUCCCACCACCUGCACCCCUGCCUGCUCCAGCUCCUGUCUUUCCAGCUGCAGCCCUAGCUCACACUCAUCUAUUUCCACAGGCACACCUGAGACCUGUUGUGCCAGCCACACCUCUUCCUGCUCAACCCCCUUACGCACCACUCUUACCAUAUGCCAGUCAAUUCCCCUACGUUUUACGACCUGGUAAUGCAGUCCAGACUUCUUUCUUCGCAACAUACCCAAGAUUCCCAUUACUAAACUAUCAAGCCCCCGUGUUCCCGUUAGCGCAAGCUGGUCCUGCUGUCAACCAGGUAUUGUAUGAGCGUCCUCAAGUGCCUCACUUCCAUGUAGCUCCACAAGGUAAUCAGGAGGGCGUAGUAUUUGAGCAGCCCGGCGCUCACAUACAACCGACAUACUUACAAGCUCACGGAGGAAUUCCUCAGCAUGCUGUACACCUGCAACCUGCUACUCCAACUUUACAUUUGCAGCCAGCUCAACCAGGAGUACACUUGACACCUGAACUACACGUACACCCAGGUCAGCAGGAAGUUCACGUGCACUCAGCCCAACCUGAAGUUCAUUUGGCGCCAGGCCAACCGACAUUCCACCUGCAACCUGGCCAGCCAGAAGUUCACUUACACCAAGGUCAACCAGAAGUUCACCUUCAUCAAGGUCAACCAGAAGUACACCUUCAUCAAGGUCAAUCAGAUGUUCACCUGCACCAAGGUCAGCCAGAAGUUCAUCUCCACCAAGGUCAGCCAGAAGUUCAUCUUCAUCAAGGUCAACCAGAAGUACAUUUGCAACCUGGUGUGCUACAUGCCGCUCAACCAGGUAUUCUACCCACUCAGCCAACUUUGAACCUCCAACCCACUCAUCCGGCGCUUGACCAAGAUGGUUGGCAUCCAGUUCAAACUCAACCUCAUGAUAUUAGCUCAGGUCAGGCAGGAGGUCAAUUUGGCCAAGAUGGUCAAUUUAAUCAAGACGGCCAAUUCACUCAAGAUGGUCAAUUCGCCCAAGAAGGUCAAUUCGCCCAAGGAACCCAUUUUGGACAUGAUGGUCAAUUUGGCCAAGGUGCUCACUUUGGGCAGGAAGGUCAAUUUGGACAAGACGGUCACCACCAGUUCUCUCAAGAGCCAGGCACACAGGUAUACGAACAGCACACUGGGGACCAGCAGUACCACGACUACCAAAACCAACUGCAGCAUCACAUCCAGCAGCAGCUCGAGCAGGCGCAAUAUGAUCAACAUCAUCGACCCGCCCAGGAGUACGGAGCUCCACAGUUUGGACAGGAUGGCUUUGGUCAAAGCGGACAGCAAGGACAAAAUUUUGGGCAACAAGAUUACAGUCAGCAAGAGCAGAACUACGCGCAACAAGGGCAUGACUACCAUCAACAAGGACAGAAUUUCGGACAGGAUUUUAGUCAACAAGCCCAAAACUUUGGUCAGGACUUUAGCCAGCAGCAGCCAGCCGCGGAGUACGGCGUGCCGCAGGGAGCUGAGGGCCGCAGCAGCGGGGAGGGCGAGGAGGAGCCGCAGUACCACAACCACAUCCCGCUGAUGCUGCAGCCGCCGCUGGACCGGCCGCUCGAACACUUCCGAUAG